CAAGAAAUAUUAAGGUAUUCAACAAAUGCAUCUGUAUUCUCUUUACAGAUCCUUCAAGACAAAGUUGACUUUGACUACUGUGUGUCAGUCCCCUCUCUCAUCCCUGACCUACAAGUCCUUAAGAAGAAGCUUCAGAAGAAAUUUCCUAAGAAAAAGAGAGACACAGUUGGACAUGACAUCCCCUUCAUGGUGGACUUGUGGAGCAGAGGUCAGAAAUACUCUGCCCUGACCUACCCUAACAAACCUACACAGGAGGGGAAGGGUCAUGUCAAUGUCAUCAUCGGGAGGCUGGAUAUGACAGAUCAGCAACUGACUGAGAACAUUGACUGUAUGAUCAAGGCUGUCUGCACACACAAACCCCUCCACUUUGGCUCAUUUGUGACCAGAGCUUUGGUACAUGCAAAAGGGACCCCAGCAUACAAGUUCCAGGUGGAACCUUUCCUUCCUGCAGAGCCAAAAGAUGAUAAUGAGUUUGAGUAGCAACUGGAAUUUAAAUCAUAUGUAGUUGACCAGCUAGAAGGGGCAUAUACAGCUGAUAACAUUAUUGUACUUCACAGCUCUGAGGGAAUGCUAAUUCCCAAAUUAACGGAUUAUGGGUACAGGUACUUGUUUUGUUACCUGUGUGUACAAAUACACAAACAAUGAUUUUGUCCUAUGAUCUGGUGAUGAAGAACAGUGGAGAAAUAAAAGCUAUCAGGCCAUGCACACAUCACAAGAGUUGUGUGGAUUUUCAA